UGCCGCGAAAUGACGUAUUUAGGAGUCGGCCAUGAUGGCGGCUUACAGUGUAGCUAAAGGCGGCCGUGGCUUAUUCAGCGGCUUGCGUCUGUCCUUCCGGAGUUUGGUCCAAGUCAAACAUGGCAGCCUACCGCGCGGCCGCGGCUACUGCGUCAGCCAGCUGUCCGUCAAGGAGAGGAUCGAGAAGAAGCGGCAGGCGGCGCUUAUCGGCGGAGGUCAGACGAGGAUCGACGCGCAACACAAGCGGGGUAAGCUGACGGCCAGAGAGCGCGUGGCCCUCCUGCUGGACCCCGAGUCCUUCGUGGAGUCGGACAUGUUUGUGGAGCACCGCUGCUCCGACUUCGGCAUGGAGCAGGACAAGAACAAGUUCCCAGGUGACAGCGUGGUGACGGGGCGGGGCCGGAUCAACGGCCGCCUGGUUUACGUCUUCAGUCAGGACUUCACGGUGUUCGGCGGCAGCUUGUCAGGAGCUCACGCACAGAAGAUCUGCAAGAUCAUGGACCAGGCCAUGAUGGUCGGGGCCCCCGUCAUCGGCCUUAACGACUCAGGAGGCGCUCGCAUCCAAGAGGGGGUGGAGUCUCUGGCGGGGUAUGCCGACAUCUUCCUGAGGAACGUGAUGGCGUCCGGCGUGGUCCCUCAGAUCUCCCUCAUCAUGGGGCCGUGUGCGGGCGGCGCCGUGUACUCGCCCGCCCUCACCGACUUUACCUUCAUGGUGAAGGACACGUCGUACCUGUUCAUCACGGGCCCGGACGUGGUCAAGUCCGUCACCAACGAGGACGUCACGCAGGAGGAGCUGGGCGGAGCCAAGACGCACACCACCGUGUCGGGUGUGGCGCACCGGGCCUUCGAGAACGACGUGGAGGCCCUGCUGCAGCUGCGGGAGUUCUUCAACUUCCUGCCGCUCAGCAACCAGGACCCUGCGCCCGUCAGAGAGUGUCACGACUCCAGCGAGCGCUUGGUGCCGUCACUGGACACCAUCGUGCCCCUGGAGUCCACUAAAGCCUACGACAUGCUGGACAUCAUCCACGCGAUUGUGGACGAGAGGGACUUCUUCGAGAUCAUGCCCAACUACGCCAAGAACAUGGUGGUGGGCUUCGCCCGCAUGAACGGACGCACCGUGGGCGUGGUGGGCAACCAGCCCAAAGUGGCGUCCGGUUGUCUGGACAUCAACUCCUCGGUGAAGGGAGCGCGCUUCGUCCGCUUCUGCGACGCCUUCAACGUGCCCAUCGUCACCUUCGUGGACGUGCCGGGCUUCCUGCCGGGGACGUCCCAGGAGUACGGCGGCAUCAUCAGGCACGGCGCCAAGCUGCUGUACGCCUUCGCCGAGGCCACCGUGCCCAAGAUCACCGUCAUCACCAGGAAGGCUUACGGAGGCGCUUACGACGUGAUGAGCUCCAAACACCUGAGAGGAGACAUCAACUACGCCUGGCCCACGGCUGAGGUCGCCGUCAUGGGAGCCAAAGGAGCAGUCCAGAUCAUCUUCAGAGGGAAGGACAACCAGGCGGAGGCGGAGACACAAUAUGUGGACACUUUUGCUAACCCUUUCCCCGCCGCAGUCAGAGGUUUUGUGGACGACAUCAUCGAGCCGGCGACGACUCGCAAGAAGAUCUGCCGAGACCUGGAAGUGUUGGCCAGCAAGAAGCAGGUCAACCCUUGGAAGAAACACGCCAACAUUCCCCUGUGAUGACAUCACUGUCUUCAUGGUAGCAACACCGUGGCCAUCAUAUCCAUCUCUGUCUUCAUGGUAGCAACACCGUGGUGAUCGUAUGCAUCACCGUCUUCAUGGUAGCAACACCGUGGCCAUCAUAUCCAUCUCUGUCUUCAUGGUAGCAACACCGUGGCCAUCAUAUCCAUCUCUGUCUUCAUGGUAGCAACACCGUGGUGAUCGUAUGCAUCACCGUCUUCAUGGUAGCAACAUAUGCAAUAGAAGCUUAUCAUGCAGAAGAAGAAUUGACGUGAGCAUGGUGUUCAGGCUCCUCCUUCUUAUGUGAUGUCACUCCUCACAUUUUCUACAUCAAACGUUGUUACAAGUAGAAAGUGUGCCUUUUUAAUGACAGUCCAAUAAAUCUGUUACAGCAAACAAGCAGUGCAGUUUUAUCAGGGGAGUCCAAGCCUUUGGACUAUUAACUAUAUAUGUACAGUAUAGGCCAAAAGUUAGGACACACAUUCUCUUUCAAUCUUUAUUUUCAUGACUAUUUACAUUGUAGAUUGUCACAUCAAAACU